AUGACCCGAAAGAGGCUGUCGAAUGACAGCACUUCAACAUCAAAAAGGACCAAAAAGGUCAUAGGGGGCGGACAGGUCAAUGCAUAUGAUGACAUUGACUCCAUCCCAUCGAGGUCAGCACGUAAGGAGCAGUCGUCUGGCGUAGUGUCGGCAACUAGCCCGUUCGGUGCUCAAACGAUUCGCUCAAUUUUCCAGAGACGCUUCGAUACAGACACUUCGUUUUCAUCAUCAUCUGCUGCUACAUCCAAGAACACCUCUUUCACAUCUGACUGCAAUACAUCCCCGGAGGAUGACCUUACCGACUAUUUUACUACCCAAGAAUCACCCUCGGAAUCCGAAAAUGAAUCUGACGGGAACCACUCGCUCAAAGAGAUAGAGAACAGGCUACGGAAUGUUUGGCCUAGAUUUGCCAAUGAAUCCUUCAACCACGCGCCGCUUGCUACCACUUGGGAGUUGGCGAGGUUGGCGCUACACUGUGGAAUAAACCUGGCAGAUUGUGAUAUUCGGUACGGUGAUGAUACCCAGUGGCACGAGCAACCUGCGCUUCGAUCGGCCCUUGAAAAGUUACCCGCGUUCAAAAACAAGUCGCUUCCACAGUCUAGUGGCUCUGGCGCUUGGGAUCUGGCUCUGAAGGGGUUCCAGUCACAAAGUCAAGCUGUAACGCUGUCUGCCGAGUUGACGCUGAAUUCGAGCUCAACUGGUCCUCUCUUUUCACUCAAGCUUUCUCCGUUGCAAGCUGACAAAAGUCAUCGGCUAGCUCGUCGAUUUGGGGCUGAUCGAUUCAUGGAAAUCCUGAUCCCGUCCCUUUCAUAUGUCCAGAAAGUCACAAAAAACGAGAGCGCUGGUGAUGCAAUUCUCGCGUGGCUGAAAGACAGACACUACUUCCUGGGGAGACGUUGGGCUGCAUUUUACUGCCGAAAUGGAGAAAAGACCAAAGUCAAGACCAAAACACAAGGCAAAGAUUCCCAAGGAAUACACAGAGAGAGAAUAUUCCUCUUUGCGUGCAAUGGGGACAGUUUCCGCCGGCCCGCAAUUGGUUCGUUACCCCCAGUCUCUGAAGCUAUUAUGCCGCACAUCCGGACUAGAGUCCAGCUACCUGAAAUGCUGGCUUGGGCUAUCAACGGUCUUUUCGACACCGAUCAACAGAUUCCAAAAAUAUUUUCCAGGAUCAGCCUCAGUCUUACCCGGACAUGGGCUACUGUUGAGCUCGAAAGGGAACAAAUACACAAUCUUACUAGUGACAUAGGUGGUGAUUCUCCAAUGAAUGAUGGAAUAGGCAGAAUGUCGAAGAGCCUAGCGACGAAAAUAGCCGACAAGCUCGGUCUUAACGAAGUUCCAUGUGCGUAUCAGGCGCGUUUAGGCAGUGCCAAAGGCAUGUGGAUUGUCGAUGCAGAUGCAACCCUUGGGGGCGAUGACUGGAUUGUCACCUAUCCAUCUCAACGAAAAUGGAAUUGCGACAACCAUGAUAUCCACCAUCGCACGUUUGAAGUAAAGGAAUGGUCAAAAGAGCCCAGACCCGCGACAUUGAAUCAACAGUUCAUACCGGUUCUGGAAGAGCAGGCCAUUGACCCUCAAAGGAUGCGAGCGACGAUAUCAAAGAGGCUGGAAACCGGCCUAGAGAAGGAUCUUGCGGAGCAGAAAACCGCGAUGAACGAUUCUGCAGAUUUGAGGCUUUGGUUGCACCAGGGUGGUGGACCCAAACCGGGAGGAGGCGGCUUUUACAUGCCCUUUUUGGGUGGGUUGCCGAAGGAACGAGAUGAGUGCACUUCAUUUCUUCUAGAUCAUGGCUUUGACCCGAAGACUUGUAAGUUUAUGCAAGAUCUAUGCUGGGAAACCGUACAGCAACGCCGUGAUAUCUUGAGGAAGAAGAUGAAUAUUCGGAUCCCAUGUUCCGCCUAUCUCCUCAUGGUUGUUGACUUUUCAUCAUCAUUGGAAGAGAAUGAGGUCCAUGUAUCCUUCUCUACGAAGUUUCAAGUCGACGGCUUUUGUGACACCCUGUUGGAGGGUAUGGAAGUGCUAGUAGCCAGAGCGCCGAGUCAUCUGCCGAGUGACAUACAAAGAGUGAAAGUCGUCUCGAAGCCUCAACUCCGGCACUUGAAGGAUGUCAUCGUUUUCUCUAUAAAGGGCGAUGUGUCUCUUGCCGACAAGCUCUCCGGCGGAGACUAUGAUGGUGAUAGAGCCUGGGUUUGCUGGGACCAAGAUAUUGUCCAAAACUUUCGCAAUUCACCAACCCCAAACUCAGAUACAGAUCCCAUCAAGCUGGGCCACUUGCGACGACUAAACAGAUCCAUGACCCAAAUUCGGCUUGAAGAGCAAACCGACGAUGCUGCUUGUACGAAAUUUCUCUACGAGUCGUUCCGUUUCAACAUGCAACCAUCCCUUCUUGGAAAAUGCACGGACUACAAAGAGCGGUACUGUCACCACAUCAAAAGCGUUUCACGCACCAGCACCAUCAUACUCAGCAGAAUGCUGGGAUAUCUUGUGGAUCAGGCGAAACAAGGAUUUCUCUUUACGUCCGCAGACUGGGAUGAAUUUCGCCACAGUUUAAACUUGCCGAGAUUCCUUCCAGAUCCAGAUUACAUGCAAGAUCGGCCAUCACAGGACAUUUCUAAACAAGCUAAACCACACAUUCUUGAUUAUCUAAAGCACGUUGUUGCGGCAACGAUUCUAGAUCGAGCCCUUGCCGAGUUUGACAAGGCUUUGAAGAGCUACAAUGCCAACUACUUCGACGCGGACCUGACAAAGCUCUACAGGUACUAUGACGAGUCGCAUCAGAAACACCCAACAUGGAGUAAAGUCCAAAAGAAAUUACGCGAGGAUAUCGAGUACGUCGCAGGCCGAUGGUCAAGGGAAGUCAAAGACAAUGACUAUAUCGAUUUCGUCGGAGAGCUAUACGAGACAUGGCAUCGAAUUUGCCCACUGCAGACCGAAUCGUCAUCCGAGUUGACUCAACACCUGCAGCAGCCAUACUUUAAGAAUCCACACGCAAGUCUCUGGGAACUUCUCAAAGCGUCCCUCACAUUCAAAUUAUUUCACAACUCAAAGCCCAAGUUUGUGUGGCAAGUGGCUGGACGGCAACUUGCCUUUUUGAAGGCAAUGGCACAAGAUUGCCCAGAGAGGACGUCUUGCGUUGUCAUUGUACCUCAGCUGUACACUGCGCUCAAGGUGGACAAGAAGUUGGUCGAGUCGAGAAGAGCACGGCGCUUGGCGGUAACUGAGAGGAGAGCCGCGGAUUUUGAGGCAUUAGAUUAUGACAGUGAUGAGAGCAUUAAUGAAUGA